AUGGAGCUGCCGCUGCCUCUUACAGCGUAUUCUUUAAAAAGCUCCGUUCCAAAAACCAGAGUUUUAAUUGUUUUCCUCUCAAUGAUUUUGUUCACAACCAUGCUGGGGCUGCUACAGCUGAAAUUCUUAAAAGCCAAAGUUGAAGACUUUUAUUCUUUUGAAGUGAAGGAUAUGAAAGGGAAAACCAUUUCCUUGGAAAAGUACAGAGGGAAAGCAUCUCUGGUUGUAAACGUGGCUAGCCAGUGCCAGCACACAGACAAAAAUUACAUCACGCUGCAGGAACUGCACAGAGAGUUCGGGCCCUCUCACUUCACAGUGCUGGCCUUCCCGUGCAAUCAGUUUGGGGAAUCAGAGCCGGGCACAAACCAAGAAAUCAGAGUAUUUGCAAAGAAAAACUAUGGAGUCACAUUCCCCAUUUUCAACAAAAUAAAGAUUCUGGGAUCUGGAGCAUCACCAGCAUUUAAAUUUCUAAUAGAGUCCUCCAAGAAACAGCCUAGGUGGAAUUUCUGGAAGUAUCUAGUCAGCCCUGAAGGUAAAGUUGUGAAUUUUUGGAGACCUGAUGAGCCCCUAGAAAGCAUCAGGCCAGAUAUAGCUGCUCUGGUUAGACAGAUGAUUUUGAAAAAGAAAGAAGACUUGUGAAGACUUGUGCCUUAAGAUGCCUCUGUCACUACAUCUCUGCACAACGUCAGUAACUUGCUGCUCAAUAAUGGUAGGAUCUGGAUCUUUUCUUGCUAGGAAGUUUCAAUACACCUUGGAAAGAAAACUUCUUUUUAAGGCCAGUUGCAACUUGUUACACAAAAACUGAGCCCAGGACACGGCACCUUCCCUGUAAAUGUGCAUAACUAAGGGAGCACUAGCACAUUUGAAAAAGAUAAGAGGUCUAACAUGAACUGUAGUUGUUUAGGGUGGUUCCUCAAGUCAGUAGCUGCUAUAAACAAAAUAAAUUCCAAUGUCUUAUGUUAGAAGAAAUGCUUUCGAACUUUCAAAGAUCUGACCUAUUUUUACUGAAAAUUAUCUGGGUAGCAAACUUACUGUGCUAAGUGUUUGAGAUCCACUUCCAUGGUACCCCACAGUGCAUUCCUGCACUGUUCCCCAUAGCUUUGUUGGACUUUGGUUGAUCUUUAGUAUUCCUGAAACAGCUGCAACCCCUGGGAAUGACACCGCUAACAUUCUAGGAGACCUGUACAUAUUUUUUUAAACUACUCCAGCAUUUAGAUGUGUUGGAAUACAGGCUACCAUUUUGAUACAAGUAUCAAACAACACUUUUACAAAUCCCCUAUAAUGCAAGCUAGUGGCCAGUCGGCACUGGCUCUUCAGAAACAAACAGACAUUUGCAUCAGUUCCAACAUGCAUGGAGGUUUGCUACAGAAAUAGCAUGUUAUGAUAAUGUUCUGAGUGGCAAUUCAUAAUCCGUUAUUCCUGUAUGUGCAAAUAAAUAUGAUCGCAAGAGCAAUGGUUAAUAGGGCCAGGGGCUAACUGGCCAGUGACUCAUUCCUACAAGUAGUAAGAGACAAGCAAAGGACUACUGAGUGCCUUACUCUACACACAAACAACAACAGAGGCUUUGGCAGAGUCCUUCACUUAUGAGCUUCAUAUGCUACGCAAAUAGAACCCCAGCUGCUAUUUAUAUGAUAAAAUGGUCAAGUUAGAGACUUUCACUUGUUUCUUAAAGUGAGAAGGCAAAAGCAUGCUACCCAAAUAUUAUUGUUGACAGUGGGGAGAAGUAGUAAAGAGUUCUUCACCCGUGUCUUGGUUCACAAAACAAGGAAGCAUCUGAGGAGCAUAGGGAAGGAGCCCUUGGCUUGAAAACGAUGCUAAGGGCCAAAUCACGGGUGCCAUAUUGAGUCACAUGGCCACCAGUUGCCUAAGGUAACCUAACAAAGUAAGCAAAACAUUAAAAAGAAGAGAACUGUGGUUCUCGAAAGCUUAAGCUACAAUAAAGUUGGCUAGUCUUAAAGGUGCUACUGGACUCUUUACUAUUUUGCAACUACAGACUAACACAGCUAACUCCUCUGACUCUAACAAAGUAUGCUUUAUUCCCCAUCAAGUAUCUUAAAAACACUCCUUGCCAAACAUGAAGUUUGGCCAAGAAAUUUUCCAGCCAAUCAUUCUAUUUAAAACUUUAAACUACCCAAGAUGUCAGCUUGGUAUCAACAACAGCAGGAAAUGAGUGCAAUGCGAAAAACAAAAAUGUAAAUAUUUUUAAUGAAGAUUCUUUAUUUUAAAAGAGAAAACAAACCAGGUCUAUUUUGUGUAUUAUUUUUGAUGCAUAUCACAAGUUUCUGUUGGAUUUGACAUUCCAUUAUACUCUAGUGUGACCAAGAACUGGAGCCCAAAACAUAAAACAGUACUUUUCCAUAUUAUUUUAUGUAGAAAUGGAAUGUUGCUAUUAGUUCAAACUGUGUGUACAAUACGAAAACUCCCCCUUUUCUGUACCUCGGUUACCUGAAACUCUUGAUGCUCCACAUGUGAAGUUUGUCUACCAAGCAGCUUCAUGUCAGGGCAGACCUGUGUAAAUAAACGUAGUUGAAAUUUUGAUUAA